AUGAGAAUCGCCGAGAUCUCAUCGCCGGACCUCAGGGCAAGUCCCCCUGACAAAACCGACACUUACCACCGACUCAUCCCCAAAAUUGAGUCCACCAUCAAGCAACUCGAAGCCCAAUCUGCCUCCGGAAAAUCAUCACUGGGAACUACCUCCGCCGCCGCAACCGAGCUCAGGCAACUCGUGACUCAGCUGACUCAAUUCGCUCCGUUUCCCAACUCCCUCGUGCUCCAGAUCUGGAAGCUCAGCUACCGCCUCUGGAACGCUUGCGUCGACAUCUCCAACACCGCCGCCGCCACCAUCUGCUCAUCCGCCUCAGAAAACCAUGCCGAACUCCGGCACAUAGCAGCUGACUUCCUUUCCAUCGCCGGCGACGUAUCCGGCGUCCCUUCUCCGGCGAUAAAGACGGCCUCGUUCUACCAUAAAACCGGCCUGAUCUGGCACAACCUCCGAAGGUUCGACCUCGCCUCCAAAUGCUUCGAGAGAGCUACGGAUCUUCUCUCGAAGCUCGACUUCUCUUCGAUCUCAGACGCCGGAGAGCGAAAACUGCUCCUAGAUCUGAACCUCGCUCGUUCCCGAACCGCGUGGGAGAUUCGAGACCUGAAUCUCGCGGUUGCGCUUCUGAAUCGAAGCAAAAGCUUGCUCUUCGGUUCCUGCACUCACUACAUCGAGCUCGCGAAGCAAUGCAUGGAGUUUGGGAAGCAAUCGCUCUCGAGAAGCAACGAAGAAGAGAAAGAAAGCGGUUAUAACGGUUUGGGCGAAGCGUUGAAGCUGAUGAACGAGGCGUUGGAGGUUUUGGAGAAGGGAUUGUGUGCGGCGAGAACACGGGAAGAGAAGUUGGAACUGAGAGGGUUGAGGUAUAAGGCUUUGAGGUUCAUUGCGGCGAUUCAUUUGCAAAAAGAAGAGUUUGAGAGUGUGAUUAAGUGUGUAAAGGUUCUGAGAGAUUCCAAUGAUGGCGGUGAUGAUCACCCUAGCAUUUCGGUUUUGGCUAUGAAGGCUUGGUUAGGGUUGGGGAGGCACGGAGAAGCGGAGAGGGAGCUGAGGGGGAUGGUGAUUGAUAAGGGGAUUCCGGAAGGGGUUUGGGUUUCAGCCGUGGAGGCCUAUUUUGCUGCGGCGGGAACUGCCGGGGCAGAGACGGCGAAAGGGGUGUUCUUGGGGCUGUUAGGUAGGUGCCAUGUUAGUGCCAGCGCAGCGGUGCGGGUGGCACAUAGGGUGGCUGGAAAUGGUGGUGGUGAAGGGGGUAGGGUGAGGGCUAAGGUGGUUGCUGAGCUGGUGUCUGAUGAAAGGGUGGUGGCACUCUUUGCUGGGAAGGAAGCUGAUAAGGAUAAAGUGGCAAUGCAUGCGAUUCUAUGGAAUUGUGCUGCUGAUAAUUUUCAAUCAAAAGAUUAUGAGACAAGUGCAGAACUCUUUGAAAAAUCAAUGCUGUAUAUUCCGUAUGAUACAGAGAACAGAAUACUUCGAGCCAAAGGCUUUAGAGUUUUGUGUCUCUGCUACCUUGGUCUCAUGCGGCUUGAUCGUGCUCAAGAAUACAUAGAUGAGGCUGAAAAGCUUGAGCCCAACGUUGUUUGUGCUUUUCUUAAGUUCAAAAUUUAUCUCCAGAAGAAUGACCACCAAGGUGCUAUUGCUCAAAUCGAAGCGAUGACUGCAUGCCUUGACUUUCAACCAGAUUUUCUGUCACUUUCAUCCCAUGAAGCUGUUGCUUGCCAUGCUCUUCCUGUUGCUGUUGCUUCUUUAUCAAGUAUGCUAAAUUUAUACACUUCAGGGAAGUCCAUGCCAACAACAGAAGUAACAGUCCUUCGCACCUUGGUAACAGUCCUCUCUCAAGAACCAGGCAAUGAGCAACAAGUCCUCAAAUUCUUAAAACACGCUCAUACCCGGGCAUCUGAUCUUGGUCCUGAUUGUUUCUUUGGAAAAGAAGAGGUUGGAAGACGGGAACGGAAUUGGUUUGCUGUGACUUCCUGGAACCUUGGUUCAAAAACAGGGAAGGAUAAGAACUAUGACUUAUCUGCUGAGUUCUUAAGAUUGGCAUCAGAUUUUUAUGCCCUACUUGAAGGGUCCACUGAGAACAAUAUCAUGGUUUGUAAGUCACUGGUACUUUCUGUAUCAUCAAUGGUAGCUUUAGAAUUUCAAAGGGAGGCUGCUAUGUCAGAAAAUGAAGUCAAGCGAGUUGUACAAUUGCUAGAAAGAGCCGGGCAGGUAGCUGGGAACUCACUCAGCGAUGAUCAAGAUACCAUUGAUCCUGAACUUUUUUUCAUAUACACUUUCUGUGCUUAUGACAUACAAGGCAGGCUGAAUGAUUUAGGUUCACAACUCCUCAGUGUGAGAAGUUUCGCCAAGUCAAAGGCCUGCAAACCCCACCACCUCCUUCAGAUAGGCCUCUAUGCCUCCCAGGGUGUGCGGUCGAAUCAUGAAGUAGCCACCUUUGCUCUAAAUGAGUGCCUCUCAUCUUUCCUUUCAUCACCAACUCCAGAUUAUCAAAACGUUGCCCUUGUUGUUCGCAAGCUUAUAGCCAUUGCCAGCAUUCACAAGGGCGAUACAGACGAUGAUCUUGUGUAUGGCAUGUACAAGCAAGCAUACCGGAUAAUGGUUGGUUUGAAGGAAGAUGAGUAUCCAGUUGAAGAAGGAAAAUGGCUAGCUAUGACUGCAUGGAACCGAGCUGCAGUGCCAGUGCGGUUGGGUCAGAUUGAAUUGGGCAAGAAAUGGAUGACUGUUGGCUUAGACAUUGCAAAGCAUGUUUCGGGGAUGGAUGCUUACAAAGCAUGCAUGGAAGAUCUCCUUGGAACAUUGGAAAAGAAACCUUGA